AUGUUCGGCGGUAGCGUGUACGACGACAUCAAGAUAAGCAAGAUGGACGAGUUUGACAUAAACAUAGUCAUACGGCUGCCCAUCAGCUACGAGGAGGGGGAGGACGGGAUAAUAAUUGAGAACGACCAGCCGGGAUUCGUGCGCCUGAGGAUCGUGAACGGCUUCGACCACCUCGACAAGCAGCAGGAGUGGGAGAAGUGCCACAAGGUGACCAGGGACUGGCGCGACGGCUCCAAGUACUUCCUGCAGAGCAGGUUCCGCCACUGGAUGCACCGAAUCGUCCAGAAGGCGCUCAACGAAAUGAAUGGGCGGGUGACGGUGAACGGGGUGGACUACAUCCUCAAUUACAGGGAGUCGGGGCCCGCGUACACCCUGAACGUAAGCAGCGGGGCGGCCGACGAGGAUUUCAAGCUGGACGUGGAUAUAGUCCCCGUCAUCAGGUUCAUGCAUCCCCGCUGGCCGAAGAGCUAUAGGACUAUUGAAGACAGCCAAGCGAAGGAAUGGUAUGCAGUGCCGAAACCAAUUAAGGGGAUCGCAGACGAGAAGGCGAAGAGUAGAUGCUGGCGGCUCUCUUUCCAAGUAUACGAACGCGAGAAGCUCAAGAAAAAUCACAAUUUGAAGAUGACAUUAAGGCUGAUAAAGAAACUACGCGACGCAUUGAACAUGAAAUGCAUCGUCAGCUACUACAUAAAGACCUUAUUCCUGUGGAAGGUUGAGAACGUUAAGAGCAAGGACUUCUGGCAGAACAAUCUCACAGUUCUCUUCCACGCGAUGCUGGAAGACCUGUACGAGGCGGUCAAAAACAAGAGCAUCCCUAACUUCUGGAACAAGAAGAACAACCUGAUCGAGAGCAUGAAGCCCGGCACUCAGACGGUGUACGCGGCGCGUCUCAAGGUGGUCCUUGAUAGCAUCCAGACGAACAAUAUCGAGAAAAUCGUACAAGCACUCCUCACCAAGGAGGAGAUAAAACAGUUCAAAUGCUCGGAAUUUUACCUGAAACGGCUCCCGCUUACGAACUUCCCAUCUCUGUCACACGAGAUACAAAGGAGUGUGUUAGUUGCCUCGUUAAGCAGUGAGGAAUACGUAGGCAGGAUGAUAAGUAAC